ACCAGGAAGUUCAGGAAGAGAAGUAAGUGAAACUUGCUCCUCUGUUUUUCAAAUCACAGUCUUUCAUUCCAAAGACUGCGGAAAGUUUAGCUGAUCACAAACUAGUCCUGAGUCGGGGAGGGCAAGAAAAUGUGAAACAGAAAUAAAUUGAAAAUAGAUAAUUUUGUUUCUGUUGAGACUGAGCCUAUGGCUGAGCAGGUCAGAUUAAAAUGUAGGCAAGAUAAGACGCAUGCUGAGGACCCAGCUCCAUGAGUCAGGAAAUGAUGCCAGGCUUUCUGUCUUCAGUUAAAAUAAUAUUUUGUUCCUGUCUCUAAUGAUUUGUGAGGAAAAGUUGCGGAGCCUGGCAGAAGAGACAAGUGCAACGGUCUGCCCCACCUGGCAUGCCUCUCCAAGCCUGUGCAUGCAAGCUGUCAAGCAGAUCCAUUCCAGCCUCUAGGAUAAGAUGUUGAAAAAAAUUAAACCAAGCAGGAUGACAGAAAACAUUUGGAGAAUCUGGAUCAUCUACACAGUCAUUAUUGCAAAGGUUUCAGAAGAAAGAGCCACAAAGCAGGUUUGUCCUUUGUGUGAUGCUGCUCAUUUUUGUGACUGUUCUUCCUUGGGGCUGAACACCAUUCCUUCAGGGAUAACAAGUGAAAUCACAGGACUGAAACUGACCCACAACAAAAUAGAACAUAUCAGUGAAAAUGACCUGAGGUCAGGCGUGAACCUCCGUGUGCUGUUGCUGCAAUCAAAUCAAAUUUGGACAAUAGACGAGGAUUCAUUUCACUCCCUUGGAAAACUGGAGCAUUUGGAUUUAUCCAAUAAUAACUUGACUCGCUUGUCACCUACUUGGUUCAGGGACUUUGUUUCCUUACAGCACCUGGACAUACGGGGUAAUUUCUAUGCAGAACUUGGAGAAGGGGCCCUGUUUUUAAAUCUUAAAAAUCUGAGAAAUUUGCACCUUGGGAAUAAAGAUCGCUUCCUUGCUAUACGGCAGCAGGACUUUGAAGGAAUUACUGUUCUUGAGCAACUUGAAAUUCAGGGGGAAAAGCUCCAUUGGUAUGAGCAGGGAAGUUUGAAAUCCAUUAGGAACAUAAAUCACAUAAUCAUAAAUGUAAGAGGUAUUUCUGUGCUAUCAUCAAUUCUGGGGGAUCUUGUAAAUUCUGUAAUCUGCUUAGAACUGAGAAAUAUAGCUUUCAGGACAGAAAAUGAAACUAUGUUACUGAAUAUAAUGAUUCCUUCUGUUAUGAAGAAACUCCUGUUUAGAAAUGUUUUGCUUACAGAUGAAAGCAUCCCUAGUAUGAUGGGCAUCAUGGCGAACAUGAGACAAUUGGUAGAGCUGGAGGCAGAAGACUGUACGUUGCAGGGGACUGGACAGUGGUCUGAACAAGGUCCUGCAGACAAAUCAUUCCCUGUUAAAGUACUGACAAUAUGGAAUGUAUCCAUCGAAACAUUUUAUUUAUUUACAGAUCUUUAUGCUGUGUUAAAUCUUAUAGGUAACCUUACGAAGGUCACUGUUGGCAAUACUAAGGUCUUCUUGGUUCCUUGCCUCAUUUCAAAACGUUUGCUUUCACUGGAGUAUCUUGACCUUAGUGACAACUUGCUUUCAGAUCCCGCUUUGGGGCAUUCAGCAUGUAUGGGCGCUUGGCCUGUUCUGAACACUUUAAAUUUAAGUCAGAAUUCCUUGAGCAAUUUAAAGAUGACUGGAAAAAGUUUAGCUCACCUACAGAAACUAGCACAACUAGACAUUAGCCAGAAUAAUUUUGGACAAAUGCCAGAAGUAUGUGACUGGCCGGAAAACCUGAAAUAUUUAAAUUUAUCAGGCACUCAAAUCCCCAAGCUAACAGGUUGCAUUCCUCCAACUCUUGAAGUUUUGGAUGUUAGUAGCAACAACCUGAUUGAAUUUAGAAUAGAGCUCCCACUUCUCCGAGAGCUAUACAUUGCCCAAAACAAAUUAAAGGCCUUGCCGGAUGCUGCACUACUUCCUAAUAUAGUGGCUCUGACAAUCACAAGAAAUAAAUUAAACAGUUUUUCCAAGGAAGAACACAAAUCCUUUAAGAACAUGAAGAGGCUGGAGGCUGGGGACAAUAAUUUCAUCUGCUCUUGUGAAUUUCUCUCCUUCAUUCAGUCUGAGGCAGGAAUAGCCAAUGUCUUGGCUGACUGGCCAGAAAACUACAUUUGUGACUCUCCAUCUGCUGUGAGAGGGAAGCAAGUGGAAGCUGCUCAGCUUUCGCUGAUGGAAUGCCACCAAACACUGGUGGUGUCCUCAAUCUGCAUUCUGCUGCUCCUACUCAUCCUGCUCGUUGUGAUUGUGGGGUACAAGCUGCAUGCAUUCUGGUAUAUGAAAAUGACUUGGUCUUGGCUUCAAGCAAAAAGGAAGCCACAGAAAGUGCAAACAAAGGACAUCUGCUAUGAUGCUUUUGUUUCCUACAGUGAGAGAGACUCUGAGUGGGUUGAAAACUUAAUGGUACAGGAACUGGAGUACGCCAACCCCCCUCUGAAACUGUGUCUUCACAAACGGGAUUUUAUGCCUGGGAAGUGGAUAGUUGAUAACAUCAUUGACUCCAUUGAGAAGAGUCAUAAGACGCUGUUUGUGCUGUCAGAGCACUUUGUGCAGAGCGAGUGGUGCAAGUAUGAGCUGGACUUCUCCCACUUCCGCCUCUUUGAUGAGAACAAUGAUACAGCUAUUCUGAUUCUUUUAGAGCCCAUUCAAGGAAAGGCGAUUCCCAAAAGGUUCUGCAAUCUGAGGAAAUUAAUGAACACAAAGACCUACCUGGAAUGGCCUCUUGAGGAAGUGCAGCAGCAAGUAUUUUGGAGUAAGUUAAAAGAGGCCUUAACGUCGUAGGAAAGUUAAUUUAAGACCACUAUAGUAGCACUCCUGCACUGGCCUUCCACCUAGAAUAUGGGGCAGGCCCUUUUCCUGAUAAGGACUUAUUUAUUGUUAUUCCAUACAGAGAAUUUGCCUGUACAUUAAACUAAUUAUAUCUUUGUUAAAUGGAAUAUACCGGCUGAGACUGUGACUGCCAGAGAAAUUCUUUGGUCUUCUGCAUUUUCUGUUAAUAACUGGGAUGUAGGUAAGGUGUCUAUAUCUUCAGUAACAUCAUUACAUUACAUAACAUCAUCUAUCAGUAACAUCAGCAAUAUCUUCAGUAAUACUUUUGGGAAUAAUUUUUGCUUAAUUCAGGUAUCUUUCUGUAGCUAUGUCUACCCCCUUUGCUGAACUAUUUCAAAACAAAUGUUACUGGUCUUCUCUCUCUUAUAAAAGAAAUAAAGCCAACAUGCUGAAAAAUACCUCAAGGUCUGUUGGUUGCAUCCUGUUUUAGUUGUCUUAGAUACCCUAAGAGCAUUUGCUGUCAUUUGACAAGAACACAGUAAAAGAGUAUUAUUUGUUUGCAUGAAAAUAAGAUUCUUUCAGCUGAUGCCUUGAAAAGAUUGUAGCAAAACCCCCAGUUUCUGUUGUUUUUUAUUUUAUUUAAAACUGCAUUCCCUCCCCUUCC